GGAAUCGUAUAAACGAUUUGAAACGGUCGGGUUGAAUCGGGGAAUAAAUUGACGGUAUGUGCAUAUAUCUGUUGCUACAAAAUUUGGUUUUAGUAGGAAUAUUGAACUCGUUCAUUUGCUGAAGAUUUUGUUUUAAUUGUGGGUUCUGUAAUAGUUCCUUUUUUGUGUGCAGCGUAAGAUCAUACAAAAUGCAUCGCAUUUAGUGAAGUUUUAAUUAAUGAACAACUGUGUGUUUGUUUGGAUUUGAGAGUGUGAAUCACUAAAUAACUGAAAAUUUGUGUAAUAAAGUAUAGCUAAAAGGCGCUACAAGGUGUGGGAUGACAUGCAUCAAGUUUAUGGCAUUGUGUUUUCUGUAUCGCAAUAAUUAAGGAACAUAAAAGAAAAUAGAGGAAGUGGUUUUCUUCUCAUUAAAGUGGUGUGUGUUUUUCUUACUUUUUUAAUUAUAUUAAGUAAAGUGUAUUUAAAUACAUACAUACAUCUACCAAUUCAAAUACAAAUUCACAGUAUGUAAUUCUCGUUUGUUUGGAACUGUAAAAACAAUUUUAAUUGAAUAAGAAAUUUAAACUGAAGCAGUGGAAUUUAAAUUGACAUUGUGGAGUAUAUAUGCGACGCAUCCUUUUGAAAUUCUUAACGGCGGAAUUAUACCGAGAUGACAAUCCUUGACCGGAUAAAAACGCGGAUGCGUUCCGGUAACGUACAUCCGACUGUCGCGGGAACGGAAGUUAGAGUUCUACGCGAAAGAACUGAAGACGUCUCGAUGUUGGACCGACCAGGGUUAUUUUUUUGAAAGCCGCAGGCCGCCAACGCAAAAACGAGUUCUUCGCGAAUGAACUGAAGACACCCCUGUGUUGGGCCGACCGGUGUUAUUUUUUGGAUUUGAUGUUAUGAAUCAUGCCGGUUAUCAUUUGGUUCCUUCUGGCAUUUAUGCUACCUUACGUGACUUCAAUAGGAAGCAUUAAUACCCAAAAUAGCCAAAUUAAAAGUAACAGUAGAAUUAAUGAAAAUAAUCACAUCAGCACAGAUAUUUUAUAUGCUAGCUCCUUAUUAAAUGCUGUACGUAUUCACAAGACCGAACUUUUGAGCGAUGAAGAGGACCUUGUGCAAAACAGCGACGGUAUAAUCGACGGUUUUACAUCUGCUAGCUUAAAAUCUGCGCUUUCUGAUAACAAUGGCGGAAGUUCACCAUCUUCAUCUGAAUCAGCACAAUUCGGUGGUAAAGACGAUAGUGAGAAAGGUGGUGCUGUAGAUGCCAAAAACUAUAGCAACAUAAUAACUAAUGUUAUUAAUUUUGAUACACGGUUGAACCAUUUGGUUGUCGACCCAUUCACUGGACGAGUGUUUGUGGGUGGUGUCAAUUAUUUAUAUCAACUUUCACCAGAGUUAGAAUUACACGAAACAGUAAAAACCGGUCCAAAAAAUGACUCUGUCGAAUGCACUGUUCUAGAUUGCCCAGCUCAUGCCGUACGCAAGCCUACAGAUAAUUAUAACAAAGUGUUGCUCAUCGAUCGUUCGACCUCACGUUUAAUUGCGUGUGGAUCUUUAUUUCAAGGUACGUGCACAGUCCGUAAUUUGCAAAACGUUAGCAUUGUCGAACAGGAUGUACCAGAUGCAGUUGUUGCGAAUGAUGCAAACUCAUCAACUGUAGCAUUCAUAGCGCCAGGGCCACCGCAACCUUCGAUUACCAAUGUCAUGUAUGUUGGUGUCACGUACACAAAUAACUCUCCAUAUCGUAGUGAGAUUCCUGCUGUAGCAUCACGCUCACUGGAAAAAACUAAAAUGUUUCAAAUCGCAUCAUCGGCAGUGACAACGGGAACAAGAACUUUUAUAAAUUCGUACGCCCGUGAAGGAUAUUUAAUUAAUUACGUUUAUGGAUUUAGUUCCGAAAGAUUUUCAUACUUUUUAACGACCCAAUUGAAACACAAUUAUCAUUCUUCGCCGAAAGAGUAUAUAACGAAAAUUGUGCGUAUUUGCCAGGAAGACUCAAACUACUAUUCGUAUACAGAAAUCCCAAUCGACUGUAUAACUGGUGGAACAAAAUAUAAUCUAGUUCAGGCUGGUUACUUGGGCAAGCCGAGUAUGGAUCUAGCCGGAAGUCUGGGUAUAACAGUCCAAGAUGACGUUCUGUUCGGAGUAUUUAGUGUUGGAGAUGGAAAUGUAUCUACUGAUAAUUCAGCUUUGUGCAUUUACUCAUUAAAAUCUAUACGACGAAAAUUUAUGCAGAAUAUCAAAUCUUGCUUUAACGGCGUUGGAUCUCGCGGUCUGGAUUUUAUAUCACCAAAUAUGUUAUGUGUUCCAACUAAAUUACAAACUAUUGGCGAAGAUUUUUGCGGACUCGACGUGAACUCGCCAUUGGGCGGUGAACAACCCAUCGCCGUUAUACCCGUAGCCAAGUUUAAUACUCGACUAACGGCAGUUGCGGCUACAAGUACUAGUGGAUAUACAGUCGUUUUUAUUGGCACUGCAAAUGGACACCUAAAAAAAGUAGUUGUCGAAUCGGUGGAUUCCGCAAAUGAGUACGCAGAUAUACCAAUUAAAGUGGGUUCUCCUAUUAAUCCAGAUAUGCACUAUGAUAGCCGAAAUCUUUUCAUAUACGUAAUGUCGCAUAAUGAAGUAGCCAAAGUUAAGGUUUAUGAUUGCUCCGAUUAUGGAACAUGUGGGGAGUGUUUGGGUGCACGUGAUCCCUAUUGCGGGUGGUGUUCGCUUGAAAACAAAUGUAGUCCACGUUCUAGCUGCCAAGAUGAUGCCAACGACCCUCUAUACUGGGUUAGUUAUAAAACGGGCAAAUGCACUACAAUUACAAGUGUUGUACCACAUCAACUUCAGCGUACUACAGCAAGAACUUUAGAACUCAUUAUCGACCAUUUGCCGCAAUUGAAAGAGAACCUUGUAUGCGCAUUUACUACUGAAGAAAAAGCACUCUUUACGAAUGCUACAAAAAAACGUAAUGGUGUGAAUUGCACAACUCCACGUACAGAUAUGCUACCACAAAUAGAACAGGGAAAACAUCAUUUCACCGCCAAACUAUCCGUACGAACUAAGGAUGGACCAGAUCUUGUCUCCACAGAUUUUACUUUCUUUGAUUGUAGCACACAUUCAUCCUGUACUCGCUGUGUAUCUUCAGAAUUUCCUUGCGAUUGGUGUGUAGAAGCUCAUCGAUGUACGCAUGACACUGCUGAAAAUUGUCGUAAUGACAUUCUUGUUACUGGAGUGAGUCGCAUUGGACCUAGUUAUCGCUCAGGCCCUGGAUUUUGUCCAACUAUAAAUGCCACUGGGGAAGGUAGUGAGAUGCUUGUUGCUGCUGGGACUAGUAAGUCCAUAAAAGUGAAAGUGCAUAUAAUCGGGCAGUUCAUAGUGCAAACACGUUUUGUAUGCCAGUUUAACAUCGAAGGACGUGUCACUAGUUUAAAUGCACAAUUAUUGGGAGAUACUAUAUAUUGUGACAAUAUGGAGUUUCAAUACACUUCCCGCUCUCCCAAUUUAACUGCAACAUUUGCUGUUAUCUGGGGUGGCUCUAAGCCACUCGAUAACCCUCAUGAUAUUCAUGUUGUGAUAUAUAGAUGUCGUGAUAUGGCUGAUAGCUGUGGCAUGUGUUUAGCUUUAUCAGAAAAAUAUAAUUGUGGUUGGUGUUCGUCUACAAAUACGUGCGAAGUAGAAGAACAAUGUAAUAAAAAUAAUGAAGGUAAAACUGAUUGGUUGAAUCGUAUGGAAACUUGCCCCAACCCUGAAAUUCAUUUAUUUUACCCAAAAACUGGUCCCUGGGAAGGCGGGACCAACAUUACUAUACGCGGUAUCAAUUUAGGAAAAAAUUUCUCCGACAUAUAUUCAGGGGUACGAAUCGCCGGUAUUAGCUGCAUGCCUUUCCAAGAAUACUAUGUUGAUACAAAGGAAAUAGUUUGCAACGUAGAUAGUCCUGGUGUUCAACUGUAUCGAAGUGGUCGCAUUGUCGUACAAAUUGGUGAUUAUAGGGGUGAAUCUAAACAGGAUUACGAAUUUGUUGAUCCAAAAAUUACAAAUUUUACGCCACAAUAUGGCCCAGUUUCUGGUGGCACUCAUUUACGGAUAGUUGGCAAAUAUUUGAAUGCCGGAUCCCGAAUUCAAGCAUUCAUAAACGAGCAUCUGCGUUGCGAAAUAAUAAGCGUAGAUGUUACGGAAGCUAUAUGUCGCACUGCACCUUCACCAGGUAUCAUAGAAGGUCGCCUCAAAAUGCUAUUUGACAACGGACCCCGAGAGUUUAACGAAUAUAAUUUUAAGUACGUUCUGGACCCCAGUAUCGACCAAGUGUCGUCAGGUCCUAGUAGCCAACUAAAAGUACCCCGUGGCAUUCCAGCAGGAGGUAUUGAAAUCGCUGUAACUGGAACUCAAUUUAACUAUAUUCAAAGUCCCAGAAUGUACGUAUAUUAUAGAAGUGAAAUAUUUUAUAGCCAAUGUAAGGUACAAUCGGCGACGGAGAUGUUAUGUUAUUCGCCUGUAAUUGAAACUGGCAAUGACUUAUUUGAUGCAGAUAAUCCGGAACUACUAGAAUACGGAUUUAUUAUGGACAACGUUUUGAGAGUUCAAAAUCUCUCUAGUAAGCAAAAUAAUCAUUUUGAGCUUUAUCCAAAUCCUUUAUAUUACAAUUUUGAAGAGGAUAUAAAAUAUUAUAAAAGUGAAUAUUUAACCAUUAACGGGCGAAAUUUGGAUCGCGCAUGUAAGGAAACAGACGUAAUAGUACGAAUUGGCAGAGGUAUUUGUAACAUAACAUCACUGUCCCGUCAACAAUUGACAUGCCGUCCGCCACCAGAAGUAGCAACAGAAACGGGCAAUGAAUCGGGGCCAGAAGUAAUUGUGCGUAUAGGACAUUCUUUGCAAUAUCGUAUUGGAAUAUUAAGCUAUGCAUCACCAAAUUUAAUGCAUGAUUUGAGCAAGAAUGUACAAUUAGGCAUCGGGGCAGGUACAGUGGUGAUUCUUUUAAUUUUUGUUGCAUUUCUUGUGGCAUACAAAAAGAAAACUUCGGAAUCCAAUCGCGUUUUGCGUAACAUGCAAGAACAAAUGGAUAUAUUAGAGCUUCGUGUUGCGGCGGAAUGUAAAGAAGCGUUUGCCGAACUUCAAACUGAAAUGACAGAUUUAACAGGUGAUCUCACUUCCGGGGGAAUACCAUUUUUGGACUAUCGUACAUAUGCUAUGAAAAUUCUUUUUCCAAAUCACGAAGAUCAUAUUGUACUACAAUGGGAACGUCCUGAAUUGCUACGAAAAGAAAAGGGGUUACGUCUUUUUGGCCAACUUAUAAUGAAUAAAACAUUUUUAUUACUUUUUAUUCGAACAUUAGAAUCGAAUCGUUACUUUUCCAUGCGUGAGCGUGUUAACGUCGCUUCUCUAAUAAUGGUAACACUUCAAUCAAAGUUGGAAUAUUGCACCGACAUACUAAAAACCUUGCUUGGCGAUUUGAUUGAAAAAUGUAUUGAAGGUAAGAGUCAUCCAAAACUUCUGUUGCGUCGUACCGAAAGUGUGGCGGAAAAAAUGCUUAGCGCUUGGUUCACCUUUUUGUUGUAUAAGUUUUUGAAGGAAUGUGCUGGUGAACCUUUGUAUAUGCUGUUUAGAGCAGUCAAAGGUCAAGUAGACAAAGGACCCGUUGACGCGUGUACACACGAGGCUCGUUACUCACUAAGUGAAGAAAAGCUUAUACGUCAACUUAUCGAUUUUCGCCCAAUGACUGUGUAUGCUAGUAUUAUACAACAGCCAAUAUUCUGCAAUAGUAUUGAUAUGAUGCCAACACAUACCGAAAAUGUACCUGUCAAGGUACUAGAUUGUGAUACAAUUGGUCAAGUUAAGGAAAAGUGUUUGGACACAAUAUAUCGUAACAUUCCCUGGAGUCAGCGACCGCGAAGAGAUGACUUAGAUUUAGAAUGGCGUACGGGAGCUAGUGGUCGGGUAAUUUUAUAUGAUGAAGAUACAACUUCCAAAACCGAAAGUGAAUGGAAGAAACUCAAUACACUACAACACUAUAAUGUUCCUGACGGCGCAGGCCUGAGCUUAGUACCCAAGCAAAGCUCAAACUACAACUUUUCAAUACUUUCCGACAGAAAUGAAAAGUGUCACAAAUAUGAAACAUUGAAUUUAUCGAAAUAUACAUCUUCCUCACCAACGUUUAGCCGAGCUGGUAGCCCUCUAAAUCAUGACUUACAUGAAAAUGGUAUAAAAUUUUGGCAUUUGGUAAAACACCACGAUAGCGAUAUUCAAAAGGAGGGUGAACGUGUCAAUAAGCUAGUAUCGGAGAUAUAUUUGACACGUCUGUUAGCAACCAAAGGGACUUUGCAGAAGUUUGUCGAUGACCUUUUUGAGACAAUUUUUAGUACGGCUCAUCGAGGCUCCGCGUUGCCAUUAGCAAUCAAAUAUAUGUUUGACUUUUUGGAUGAUCAAGCAAUACUGCAUGGAAUAACAGACCACGAAGUUGUGCACACCUGGAAAAGUAAUAGUUUGCCUUUAAGGUUUUGGGUUAAUUUGAUUAAAAAUCCGAAUUUUGUGUUUGACAUACAUAAAUCAAAUAUAGUUGAUUCCUGCUUAUCAGUUGUAGCACAGACGUUUAUGGACUCGUGCUCAACAUCAGAUCACCGCUUAGGUAAGGACUCGCCGAGCUCUAAAUUGUUGUACGCAAAAGAUAUACCGGAGUAUCGCAAAUGGGUUGAAAGAUAUUAUCGUGAUAUAAGAGAGAUGCCAUCGAUCUCCGAUCAAGACAUGAAUGCUAUGUUAGCCGAGGAAUCGAGAUUACAUACAACGGAGUUCAAUACAAACUGUGCCCUCCACGAACUAUAUACUUAUGCUGUAAAAUAUAAUGAGCAGUUAACUGUAACAUUAGAAGAAGAUGAAUUUUCACAAAAACAGAGACUUGCCUUUAAAUUGGAGCAAGUUCAUAACAUGAUGUCAGGAGAGUAAAAAGCUAUACAAACUAGAAAUUUUAUUUUAUAUGCGAUAUAAUUUUGCUAAGUGUCGUCUAUUCUAUCUAAACACACAUAUAUAAAAUCAAUUUUAUUCAACAAAAGAGCAAAGAAAUACGGCACAUUUAGCAGCUUUUUCAUAAACUUUUGCUUAAUUUAAUAACAACGACAACCAAUUAUAUACAAAAAAACGAGCAAUAAUUUGAAACUGCCAGUGUAGACAUAAUUGUUUGCAAUGGAUCGACACUAUAAUAGUGCCAUUAUUUAUAUAAAGUUUUGACAGAAAAAAUAAAAACAGCAAUUCGGAUUUAUCUGUAUGCUAAACAAAUUUAAAGAAGUAAAGUCGUCACUAUAAAUGUAUUAAAAAAUUGUAUAAUGUAACUAUUGCUUUUUUAAUUUGCGUACACAAAUGCUGUAAACUGUUUGUAAUUAUCAGAGUAACGAAAUAUGAUUUAAAUUUUUUUAGUCUCAAAGGCAAUCUCUUAUGUGGUGGCGAACAAAUGUUUCUGAGUAUACAAUUGACAAAAGGCCUCAAAGUUUAUUAAUAUAGUUCCUUUUGAUCUGCGUUUCUUGUUUACCAAUAUAUAUAUCAUAAUUUUUUUUUUUAUUGUGAAUCCAAGAGAGUCCAACCACGUCAAAUACUAAAAAAAAAUAUUAUAUUUUAAUUAUAAUGAAAAGCACAUAGUCAACAUAAUUUUGACUGUUUUUUUUUUUUUAAAUCCUUUGGCUAUUCUGUUUAUUAAUGCAGUUGUAAAAGUAGACAUAAAUCUUUAAAAAAUAUAAUUUGCUUAACUGUCGCAAAUCUAAAGGUUACUCACUAGUGCUGUUAUUUAAGUAUUUCUAUAGUCGAUUUAGAUCUUUCCAUCCCUUUGCCCAUCUGUUGCAGAUGGAAUUGCAUAAUCACGAACAUAAAUAUUAAUGUAGCAGAUUUAAGGUCAUAUAAACAUAAAUAAUCGUAAAAACACAAAAACGACUGAUUUUUAUAUGAAAUAUAAAGUAAAAUAAAUGUUUAUAUUAUAAAAUAUAUUAUUUGGUUGUACUGCUAAGGAUGUAAGUAAUGUGUUAAAUUAAAAUUGUAGUAAUAACUGUUUGUAUAAUUUAUCUAAAAAUUGUAAAUGUGUACUGAAUGUAAGUCGUAAUCGUAACAAUAAGAACUGUAUUAGUAAAUCUAUUUGCUCCAAAUUAGUGUAAACCUAGGUUACAGAUGGGAGGUUCACUGCAUAGGAAUAUGCUACUUAUUAUACAUAUAUAAAGGUAUAUAUUAUGGAACUCGGAUGACAGCGAGAUUAUACCAUAACAUUUCCUUUCUAACUAUAAAAUUUUCCAAUGGUUCCCGAAAUGCAAUCAUGAAUUUUGUUACAACCCUCGUAAUGGUGUUAUCAUUUGUAGAUAUUAUGGGAAUUGAUUAACUUCUAUUCUACUUUUUUGCAAUUUUAAAAAGUUUCCUAAUUAAAAUUAGAAAAAGAGGAUACAUUAAGUUAUAUUUGUUUCGGCAUUACUACUCUUAUUAUAUUAAAACUAAAACUAUUACAACGGUAAAAAAUCUACUGGUACAACAACCAUUUAAUUAGCUUGCGCCUUGGAAUGGAACUCGAGUCUACGGAGCCCAGUUUAAAUAGUUGAUAAAUAAAACUCAAGUUUGCUAAUCUAA